GUGUUCCAAGGUGAAGAACACGAUGGUCGCGACAUUUGUGUCAAAAGCGGGUCAUAUUGCAACAAUUCCUCUUCAUGAACAAAUAACUGUUACUGUGGAUUGGUAUACCACCAUUUGUUUGCCAAAAGUCAUCACCGAGCUUCGAAAAAUCAACCCCGAAGGAAGAAUCAUCUUCGACCAAGACAAUGCAAGCCCGCACACAGCCCAAAAAACAAGGCAGUAUUUAACGAAAGAAAACGUGGAAUUAUUGGACAAUCUUCCAUAUAGUCCCGAUCUAAGUCCUAACGAUUUCUUUACUUUCCCGAAAAUUAACAACACACAGCGUGGUCAAAGGUUCCAGUCACCAGAAGAAGCAGUUGACGCAUUCAAAAAUGCCGUUUUGGAUCUGCCAGAAAACGAGUGGAAUAAGUGCUUCGAAAAUUGGUUCGAGCGCAUGCAGAUGUGUAUUAAUAUUCGCAUGGAUAUGUGA